AUGAAAGUGUCCGGAAAGGUGUCCGCGGACACCCGGACACCGCGACGAGUCCGCCAAACCGUUGAUCUGAAACAGAAUAAAGUUGGCACGCUACGUGCUUGGUAUUGGCUACCACCGCAAGGCACGCAUCCGAUGAUCCGCGACACUUCCGCCCAGGACCAGAUCGUUUCCUCCGCACCGGCCAGCGCCACCCGCGCCAACUGGCACCGCUACCGUUGGCCGGCGGCGGGCGCCCUCGUGCUGCUGGCCGGCAUCGGCUGGGCCGUGCACGCCUGGUCCAACGCCAGCCGCUCCUUCGACAGCAGCCGCGUACGCAUCGCCGAAGUGAAGCAGGGCGACCUGGUCCGUGACAUCGCGGCCGACGGCCGGGUGAUCGCCGCCAACAGCCCGAUCCUGUACGCCAUCUCGGCCGGUACCGUGGACCUGAAGGUGGUCGCCGGCGACGUAGUCAAGAAGGGCCAGGAACUGGCGAUCAUCGACAGCCCGGAACUGCGCAGCAAGCUGGCCCAGGAACAGGCCACCCUGGCCGGCCUGGAGGCCGAGGCCAGCCGCGCCGCGCUGGACGCGACCCUGGCCCGCGCCAAGUCGCGCAAGGAAACCGACCAGGCCACCAUCGAACGGCAGGCUGCCGACCGCGACCUGCAGCGCUACCAGCGCGGCUACGACGGCGGUGCGGUGCCGCAGAUCGACCUGGCCAAGGCCAAGGACUCGCUGAAGAAGGCCGACAUCACCCUGGCCAACGCCACCACCGAUGCACGCCUGCAGAGCCAGGGCGCCGACCUGGACGCACGCAACAAGCGGCUGCUGGCCGAUCGCCAGAAGGCCGUGGUGGCCGAAGUCGGCCAGGUGCAGGCGAUCCAGUCCACCAACCUCGCCGCCAACGCACCGGUGCUGGGCGUGGUCGACCUGUCCAAGUUCGAAGUCGAGAUCAAGGUUCCGGAGAGCUUCGCCCGUGACCUGGCGAUCGGCAUGCCCGCACAGCUGACCGGCGGCAACGGCCAGCCGUUCCCGGGCGAGAUCAGCGCGGUGUCGCCGGAGGUGGUCAACGGCGAGGUCAACGCCCGCGUUCGCUUCGCCAGCGCGCAGCCGGAAGGCCUGCGUCAGAGCCAGCGGAUGUCGGUGCGCGUGCUGCUCGAUACCCGCAGAAACGUGCUGAAGGUCGAGCGUGGCCCGUUCGUCGAACAGGGCAACGGCAUCGCUUACGUGAUGGAUGGCCGCACCGCCGUGCGCCGUCCGGUGGAACUGGGCGUCAGCAGCCUGGGCGAAGUGGAAAUCAAGUCGGGUGUGCAACCGGGAGACCGCAUCGUGGUCUCCGGCAGCGACCUGUUCAAGGACGCCGAACGCGUCUCCGUCAACUGA